AUGUCGCUACGAUAUCCGCCUGCGCAGCCGGAGAGCAGGCGAUCUAGCGAAGAGCAUAUCCGCCAGGGAGGUUCCCGUUUUGGUAAUACUCGCGCUAAAGGUAGAGCAAAUGUCUUCCAGGGUAACCUUUGGUUCAACUUUUCCGGCCCCUCCAGCUCUUCAGCGGCGACUCGACCCGAUUUCGAGGGCCACUUUGCGCAUGCUGCGUUCGAGCCCGUCAGAGCGUUCGUCCUACGAAGCAGCCUGCACGACCAGAUACACAUGCAACUCGCCCGCGUUGCUACAGACAACAGCACUAAGAUGCUCGCGGUGUGGGGGCUAGGUGGUGCAGGCAAGACGCAACUGGUGCUAGACUACAUGCACAAACAUCGCGAAGAGUACGAUGCGACGUUCUGGAUCGAGGCCGGGCGUAAAGAGUCACUGGAGCGCGACUUUGUACGCCUGUACCAGACGCUGCUUGUGUUGCACACACCCGCUGGGGCAUAUUUGGAGACGACGAUCAGUGUAGAGCAUGCCGUGACUGGAGUGAAGAGCUGGUUCGCGCGUCAGCAAGGGCGAUGGCUGAUGGUGUUUGACGGCGCCGAUACAAUUGAGGACGCAGAGGUAGACGGCUACAUCGAUAUCAGGCACUUUAUCCCCAGUGCAUCAUCUCUUGAUGUUAUCAUCACAACUCGUAGCAGCAGGGCGAGCGGUAUAUCGCGUCUGAAGGGGGUGCACGUGGGCGAGAUGGAGGCAGGGCAGGCAGUUGAGCUGUUCCAGAAGUAUGCAUUCAUACCACAACUUGAUGCGACUGUUAGAGAUGAGGUAAUGCGUAUUGUUAAGAAGCUUGGGUGUCUAGCACUGGCUGUCACGCUUGCUGCCACAUACGUGGGAUCGACGCCGCGGCUACAGAGCAACGUCAAGGCGUACCUACCUGAAUACCAGCAGCGACGACAGGAGCUGCUUCAGCGUAGACCAGAGAGCCUGUUGCACCAGUACAACGCGAGUGUGCUGACGACGUGGGAGACGUCGUAUGCUGCCGUUUCCAGCCAGUGUAUUGAGGCUUCGGUUCUCAUAACAAUACUAUCAUUCCUAAGUUUCGACGACAUAUACCUUAAACUAUUCUGUCCCGAGACUGAGCAGGGUGGUGUGAAAAAAACAGACGAGACUGGUGUAAGCUGGAAACGUCUGGUUUCGCCGAAGCAGCUAGUAACCAAGUACAAGAUCGAAGAUUGGUUUAAGGAGCUUGAGAAGUACUCACUCAUACAGUGGAAAGAUGAGCAGCAGGCCUAUGUGAUGCACAAGCUAGUGCAUGCUUGGGGAUACGAACGGCUUACGACAGAAGAGAAGGACAAGUACAGUCAGGCAGCAUUUGGGCUUGUGAUGGAGGCGAUAGAGGGCUGUGGUUGUGCACCAGACAACAAGCUUCGUCUAAUGCCGCAUGUGAUGGCCAAUCUUGCCAUUACGCUGAGAGAGCAAAGAAACGUCAACAAGAAAGCAGAGAUGCAGAGGGUGGUGCUAGAGAAGUUGAUGCGGAUCUUAGGCGAAAAUGACCCUCACACAAUUUGGGCGAUGAAUAGCCUUGCCAACACACUUAAACAGCAAGGACAACUAGAAGAGGCAGCAAAGAUGCAAAACAAGGUACUAGAAAAGCAGAUGCAGAACUUAGGUGAAGAUCAUCAUAACACAAUCGGGGCGAUGAAUAACCUUGCCAAUACGCUUAGAGAGCAAGGACACCUAGAAGCGGCGGCAAAGAUGCAGGAGAAGGUGCUAGAGAGGCAGAUGCAGGACUCGGGUGAAGCCCAUCCUUGCACAAUCAGAGCAAGGCAUAAUCUUGCUGCUACGUAUAGCGAUCAAGGAUAUCUAGAAAAAGCGGUGGAGAUGCAGAUAGGAGUGCAAGAAGAAUGCAGGCAGAUCUUUGGCGAAGACGAUCCUGCUACUGUCAAGGCGACACGCAACCUCAACAUCACCCUCAACCGGCAGAAAUUAAGAAAAUAA